AUGUCCAACCCUCUUUUUGGCAUUGUCCCGGCUGGUCAGCCCCUUUUGACGGAGCCGACUUCGGCUCUGUCUGAGACUUCGUUCCUCUACUCGAUUUCUUCUGCUCGCCCAUUUUCUCACAUCACCGUUAUGCUUCUACCUGGAACCGUCCUUCCAUCGGAUACUGCAGCUGCGAUAUACUUCGCCACGGCUGCUGAUGUAUCCGCAGCCACUGCAUCAGGUCAGACACCUAACUUCAAGUUUCUCGGCGGAAUUGGAGCCGGCAAGGAAAGCGCUACAUUCAAAAUAAGUGCUGGCAGCGCGGGAAGCGGGACAUCGGCCGCCCAGAAUCCCGGCAAUGUCAUGAUUGGGAUAUCGGUUGAAUCGGCUGAGUCCGUAGCUUCACGCAUCCAGGAACUAUCUGCGAAUCGGCCAUCCGACUUGGGUGCUCCCUCAACAUCCCAGCCAUCUCCCCUGCUCCUGGCCCAGAAUAUCAUCAAAAACGCAUUCAACUUUCUUGCGAGCUUCAGUGGCACUGCUGGGCCUGGUGGUGUCGAGGUAGUCCCACUCAAAGCAUUUGAAGAGUGGUGGAAGAAGUUUGAGAGUCGAGUAAGGUCUGACCCGAGCUUUCUCGAGAAACCACAAGAUUGA